UUAUUAUGAAAUAUAUGGUAAACAGUAAAUUUUAAUAAAAAAGUGUGUUUAUCAAACUUUUAUUAGCUUAGGUUUUCUGAAAAUAGUUGAUAAAUAAUGUAUUUAUAAUCAAAAUUUAUUAUAAUUUGUUUAAUAUAUAUAAAAACACCAAAGCAUACAUCUUGUUAAAACAUAGUAAAUAUUAUUUCAAAAUAAAAAUUCUUUCAAAUUGAUUUCAGUCGCAUAAUCUAAAUGUGUUUUGUGGUAUGCAAAGAGAAAACUAAUUGCAUUCAUAUCGGGGUUAGACCCAAUUAAUAAUCAAGAAGGCAUGGCAUUGUUGUGUGUGUCUGUUUCAAGAAAAAACAAAGCUCGUAAACCGGUUCAUUUCUUUCUCUGAUUGCCAUGUCAGGGUUAGACAAUUAAUGGCCCAUGCAGCUUUCCAUAGAGUUUUGGCCUCAGCACAUAUAUCCCCUCCUACCAUCCACCUAGAACACAUGAUUAAGCUAUGGGGGAGCAAUCCCGCCAACGAGCUAGCGUGUUAUGAUGUGCUGGUGGCAGAGCCGGUCCUAGGUUUUAGAAGGGUAGAAGCAAAAAAAAAAAGAGUGUGGCCACUUAUCAAAACAAAAAAAUAAAAAAAAUACAUACUACAGGAGAUUCGAACCCGGGAUGAUGCAAAGAAGUCUAUUAUCUCUGCGCUAUACCACUAGACUAAAGACGUUUUUAGUAAUUUUGUGGCCAAAAUAUUUUGUUAAAUUUGUCGGCCGGAAGCAUGGGUUUCAUUGGCUUGGCCCAAGGGCCAGCUCUGGCUGGUGGAGGUAUCAUUCCCCGAUACUAAGGGACUUUCCAGUACCAUGUUGAAGAGAAAAAAGACAUGGAGAAGGGUCGUUUUCACGGUUGGAAUUCACCAAAGCCUGCAACAGAGAAGUAGAUUGAAAUGCUGAGAAAGAAAGAAAGUCGCCCCAUCAAAAUACUAAUACACUCACUGAAAAUUUGCUUUCAGUUAUACGUUACUUUUGGUCCAGAAGCCAACAAUCACUAAGGAGUUCCUUAUUUUCACUAUGCAAGUCAGUUAAUAUGGCUGUUCAGCUUCUCUUUCUUUUAGGUUAUUUUGUCAGUUAUUUCCAUCAAACAUCAGCUAUGGAUACUUAACUUUUGGUAUGUGCUAACUGCGGGUGCAUCAUUAAAAAUAUUAAUAUCUUGCCUUCUUUUUGUAAAGUGCAUAUUUACUUUGUUCUAAUUUUUCCAGCACUUUUUCAGAAAUUUAAUAUCACUUAUUUUGUUUUGUUGAUUGUUUUACUCCAAAUUGACAAUCCAAACGGUAUAAAAUUUAAAUAUUAAAAAGAAUUGAUUGGAUCUAGUAUUUAAUAUCAAUAUUAAUGUGUAAUAGUAUUGUAUUAUUAAUUGAGAUAUAAAAAUACUAACGAAUGUACUCUCACGUUGCUUUUAAUAUACGUAUGACUUAUAUAAGGCGAAGAAUAUUUUUCGAUGACGGCUAGGGUUUUGGGAGGCGAUUUUCGUACGUUGAGUGAGGGAGGACAGGACGCAACCAUGGAGGAUAUCGGUGGGAAGGAGAGGCCGCCGGGGGAUCCACCGGAUGUUCCUGGGUCAUGGGUGAGGAAAGUAGUAGGAAGCAGUGAAGGAGGGAUGCCCGUACCAGAGGAAGUUGUUGAUGAGAGAUUUGUGGAGUCGAGAUUGAGUUUGGAGUUCCCGAACGGGGAAGAUGGAGAACCAGUGAUAACAAUAGGAGAGGAAGUGUUGACAGCAAUGAAUAGCUUGUGGAAGAGGUGCAUGAUUGUUAGGGUUUUGGGAAGAAACGUUCCAAUUCUGAGCCUGAGACGUAAACUCAUAGAAUUAUGGAAGCCUAAAGGGUCGAUGUUUGUGAUGGAUCUCCCAAGACACUAUUUUAUGGUACGCUUUGAGUUAGAGGAAGAGUACAUGGCUGCAUUAUCAGGAGGUCCAUGGAGGGCGUUUGGUAGUUACCUUAUGGUGCAAGCAUGGUCUCCUGAGUUUGAUCCGUUGAAGGAUGAGAUCGUUACGACGCCAGUUUGGGUUCGAUUAUCUCAUAUUCCAGUGAACUUCUACCAUAAGACGAUUUUGAUGGGCAUAGCUAAGGGGCUAGGACGACCAAUCAAAGUAGACUUGACAACCUUGAAAUUCGAGAGAGCUCGUUAUGCGAGAAUCUGUGUAGAGGUGAAUUUGAAUAAGCCUUUAAAGGGGUCAGUGAUGGUAAAUGGUGAGAGGUACUACGUCUCAUAUGAGGGAAUCUCUGCUAUUUGCUCAAUGUGUGGUAUGUUUGGACAUCUUGUCCACGCAUGUCCAAAGAAUGUUACGGAGCGAGCUCUUGCCCCGGUGCCUAGUCCUACUAUGACGCAUGCUGGGCCUGAAUCCAUGGGAAGGGAGACAGAGUUUACUCAGGUGAGACAGGCGAGGAGGAAGCCUGAGCAAUCAAGAACCGUAGGGGGCUCGAUGCGACGUCAGGAGGAGCGGAGUGUGGGGGGAAGGAGAACACGGGAAGUACGUAAGGAGGGAGUGUUGGAGGAACUUAGCGUGUCAAAUCGGUUUGGAGGUUUGGAGGAUGAGGGGGAGAAGGAGGAGCUUGCGGAGGUUGGUGUGAGAAAGGAAGGAAAUAAAGAAAAUGAGAACACCGAGAACCUAAACUGGGAAGGUCCGAGUAGGGUGCAUGGGAAGACUAUGACGUUUGUAGCAAAUGAGAAGGAGGAGAACCAGGCCUCAAUUCGAUUGGGACCUAAAGUAAGGAAAGCAAGUAAUAUGAGAAGUACACAGUCCCAAAAGCCCAAAUCAAAACUGAUUGGGCCUACACGUGGACUGGUAUACGGUCCAACUACAGAAGGGAUCGACAUGUCUGCUAGUGGAAAGAGACUGAGAGUAGAGAAAGAGAGUAUCGGCCGACCGGGUGGAGUCUUCACCGGAGUUAGUGACGUAGAAGGGAAGGAGAGGAGUCCCGACCAUGCUGAGGAGCAGAGGAGUAUGCAGGUGCAAAUUGCACAGAUGGAGACCCCCCAGAUUGCUACAUCGGAUUCCUGUGUGGAGCAAGUGGGAGAGGCGUUGACGGGUACGGAGGCAUAA